GUAAGAUAUCAAAACAAUAACAAACCCGAAGGAAAAUUUUACGCUAAUUUUGUUCGAAGCUGUUGUCUUUUGAAAAUCUCUGGCAGAAUACGGAAUAAAGUGGCUUUAUCAAGACUUACCCUCGAUGUAUUCUGAAUGGCGAGUAAAAACGGUAGGGGAAUUGUUCUAAACGCAUAAGCUUGACAAAAAUACAGACAUCUUUCGCGGGUUUUGUGCUGUUCUCGUGAGAGACAUCGCGGGUUUUUUACGACAAUGAAGGGAAAUAAGUGUAGUUUAACACAGGAUUUUUUCUUAAUUUUUAGCCUGCUUGGGAGGGCGAUAUCUUUGGAAGAUUAACACCACCUCCAGAAGAUAUAAUUGAAAUGGAACAAGGGUUCUUUUGCUUUCCAACGAAUAUCCUUGGAGAACAAUCAUGCUGUGAACAGCCUGGCAAUACUGAAGAGGAAAACUUGCUGUUGGAUCUGGAAUCUGAUACAAUAUGUCCGCGUGAAUUUGAUGGCAACAAGAGCGGGCCAACUUUAGCAGAACUAAAUGAUACUAGAUCACGUUCCCCGCUUAUAAACCCCGAAAUGAAACGACUUCAUCAGGUGGCGAUUUUAACAGUAGCCGAUACAGAUGAAGAGCCGAUGUGCGAGAGUACAUCCAAAACACAAAGCUGUUCUGUGUUAGAACGACAACUGAAAACCCAGCAAACGGCUAGUGUAUAUCAUGAACAACACAUGCCGAGCUAUAGCAACUGCAGUACAGCCGUGUCAACGACUGUCACUAGAUCUAAAAGCAUACCCAUACCCAAGAGGGAUAUGAAACUGGCUCAUCAAAGCGUCUGCCUAUCUCCCCCUUCCCCGCAAGACAGAAAACCCUUGUUCCAAGACAGAAAACCGUUUGAAAAUUUCUACCAAACACAGAGCAUUCAACAGCAAUAUAUUACACCACAGUUUGGGACUAGUUAUACAGCUCAGAGAACGGAGAUAACUAGCCCAGGUUAUCCUGCAGAGACCGCUUCGAAUUCUCAACUAUCACAACAACAAGAAUCUGAAACAUCUGCUUCGCAUGAGCAGGUAGUAAAUCGUGCGGCUUCGAACGCAUACCAGAGCGAAAAUUGCGAUGAAAGUGAUGAAGAUGAUGAGAUGGACAGCGAAGCCGAAGAUAUUGAGGAAGAAUACUGUCCUUUUCAAAAAGAAGGCAAAACACCAGCUCGGAGGAAGGGACGAAAAAGCGAAAGCGAGGACAUGGUACCUAAUCCGACAAAGUUACUAAGCAUAGGCCGGGAGUUGGACAGAUUGAACAAAAUUAUAAGUUGUCUCAAACCGAUCAAUGAAGUGCCUCAACAUUCUCGAGGGCGAUCGAGAAGGGAGAAAAAUAAGCUUGCUUCAAGGUAUGUAAAUAUGGGAUGUUUUCAAACCAUUAUUUCCGACCUUGACUACACUCUAUAGAGCUGAACCGGAUGUAGUUAACUCUACUUUUAGCAAGGUUUUUUUCCUAAUAGUUCCUAUCCAAAUUUGUAGAGGCAAUAACAAGCCAAAAAUACUAGUAAUAGCUACUUUAUCAGGCUACAAAAACAAACGAACGAAAUUAAUAGAUUCUAACAACGGAAAUUGCUACAUUUUCGGGAUUGUAAAUUACAUAUAUUAAUUAAUAUAAAAAAGAACGAUUUAAAACUGCAUUGAAUGGCCACGAAUCAAAGUCAAUAUGUAGCAAUACUAAAGCAAAUUUAAAUAUGAUAUUUUAUGAAAGUACAAAUAUUCUGUACAAAAUAGUCACAGUAAUCGUUUCUUACCACGAUUUUGUACCUCAAUAUAGUUUUCCCGCAAAAUUUUCCCGCGAAAAAUUUUCCCGUCUGGUUAUAGUCAGAGUAUACUUUCUAGAGCAUUCGAAAAUUAAAGAAAUAUUUAUUCGUGACUCGUGUAGCAUGGUCAGCAGAUAAAUAUCACGGUGCAUAUGUAUUUAAUAUGCCAAAAUUACAACAUGAAAAACAUGCCAACGUGUUUGUUUAUAGAACUGUGGUUCUGCAUUGGUGCAGGAACACCUGCUUAAAACAGCUGGAAAAGGCUGAAAAGGUUUAGGGGAAACCCAUGAAGUAAUGAAAUUUUGAUUUGUUUACAGUAAUUUGCAGUUCGAGACGUCGCUGCGCUCUCGCUGUAUCUUUUUCACCGACUUUGCAGUGUUCAACAGUUUCAAAACUGUGUUCCGUGACCGCCUUUCCUGUUUGUCUUUUUUAAUUUCUUUGAGAUCAAUAUGUUUCUCAAAUUAUUGUGUCAACUAAUUUGGACCAGUUUUACAAAUUUCCAUUCGUAGCAUUUGCGUGCAGUAUUUGAAAGAAAAAUAAUAAAAGUUAAAACUAUUAAAUCAUCAAGUGGUAUUUCAACCUCUUGCUUAUAAUCUAGGAAGUAAUUGUAAAUAGUUACGUAACACUGUUUAUAUUAAAUCAUUCCCUACAUUUGGUGUUAAACUUCUGCUUAUUUUUAACUGUCAUAAAUUAACUGAAAUUCCCCUAUCUUCACAAAAUAUAAUUCCAUUGAACCAUAAUGGUUAAUAGGAAUAUAGAUUGAACAUACCCAAACGUUUUCUUUCAUUAGCUCGCACGCUCAAGUGAGUGGGCGGAUUUAAACAAAGUUUCAAUCUAAAAUCUAUUAAAACAGAUAUUGCGUUGACAUGUAUUUCUAUAAAUCAACGGCAGUUACCAAUUUGGUCUCUUUUACCUAUUUAAUACAUUAAUAGAUUUGCUAUGUUUAAUUAAUACAUGUUUAUCUCAAUCUGUGGGUUUAAUGACUUUGCACACAUGACACAUCAAUUUUAUGUAUGUACCUGAUCAGUAUGGGGUCAAAAAAUACAGACUAUAAUUAAGAUGUAUGGCAUACGUGUAUGAGUGGGCAAUUGUUUAUCGCAAUUUUGCACACAAUAGGUCUUUGAGAAUAAAAAGCUUUUUUCCAUGACAAUGGCUCAGUCCUUUUUUCAUAGCCUUGGUAACAUAACAGAGAGCUGAGAGAUACUGAAAUAUUUGCACUCGAGAACUGAAAUAUUUCAUACAAUUUUGUACUGCAGUACAGAACUGUGUACAUUAAAACUCCAGACACCCACAUUCGUCGGAUCAUCUUGCAGCCCACGUUUCACAAGACACUAAAGUCAAUCACUGCAAAACAAUAGAGAAAUUUCUAUUAAUAGAGAGGUUCGGAUUUCACUUCCAUUAUCGCUACACUACCUCUCAUUGACUUGGUACCCAUCUGAUUGGUUAAUCAGAUAAUAUAUCAAACGCAUCUGAUUGGUUAAUUAUCCCAUUGUGGAAGUCAAAUCUGGACCUCUCUAUUAAUUAUGGCUAUGUUAGUUCCAUUGAACAAGAUGCCCAAAAGUCUUGAUGAUUGUUUCAUACUCUGUUCACAAUUUCAGAGCUUGUCGACUGAAGAAAAAGCAACAACAUGAAGCCAAUAAAGUCAAAUUACAUGGCCUCCAAAGUGAACAAGGUUUGUUUAGUCAAAUGUAUUGUACGGUAAUUAUUGCUAGAUUGACAUGAACUUAAAUUAAGUAAACCUGAUUACAAGGGUAAGUUUUUGCAAGUUUUAAUCCAUUUAAGCUGCAAUGCACCCAAAUGUGCCCUACUUUGUUGUUUACUCUGUCUAACACCAGAGGAUUUUAUUUGUCAGCGAUCAAGGGGAGAGUCUUGCCCAUUAAUGGGUUAACCAUUCAACUAAUGUAAUUAUGUAAUAAUUAUAUUAUGUUAAUUUAUAUGGUUAUAUCAAGUCAAGCCCAUAUUAUGCAACUUGUAACACAAUAUUACAUUGUGCUGCAACCUGGGAUUGCCCUGGAUUGGGAAACUUGGCCUUUCUUAUAUUGUAUGUCUUUCUUUCCUUAUAGAAAAUCUGUUGUUCAUAAUCAAGGACAUGAAAAGUGAAAUUGUAAAUCGGGCACAAUAUCCAAGAAAGCCUGGCACUCAAUUGAAUGAAAAGUUCAAAAAUAUGGCCAAAAAAGCUUUUGGUUAGUAUCUUAUGCAUGUAUUAUUUAAAUUGGAAUUAGUUUUUUCUAUCAUAACACUGGUGAAGAUUAUUCCACUAUCCAAACAAAAAGGUUAUGAAAUUACUUUUAAUAAUGUUUCAAAAGAGUAUGGCACAGAGGUUUUACACAUUCUGGUACAGAUGUCAAGGUUACUAAUGGAAUUUGUUUUAGGUAGUUUCAACUAUACUACACCAACAAAAAUCCACACAUACUGACAAACUAUUUCUUAAUCUUAGCUCAACAGAUUGCUGGCCACACAACAGAAUUUAUAAGAGAAGUACUUCAAGAGGUUGCCAGGGGCAAUAAAACUGGUGGACUAACAUUACUUUAAGCCUCAGGAAACUUAAAGGUGUUACACUGCGCAUAGUAAUGACAACAGAAACUUGUGUGCAAUGUGCAAUUCUGGCUGUAACACACGGCUCAUGUGAGUCAUUACCCUUUAAUGACGAGCUCUUAAUUGCACCAGUAUUUUAAAGAUCCCUCUAAAGGCCUUGCAAUUUUUGCUCCAAUUUCUAGUGGGACUUUCCUCUGAUGCAUGUGAAUGAGUAGAUGAGUUAUGAAUGUUCUGAGUUAUAGAUGUUCUGAACAUUCAUACCUCAUCCACACAGAAGAUGAAAAUCACACCUAAAAUCACUGUCAGCAAAAUGGGCCAAAAAGAAAUGAAUGCAGGAGCCAAGUGGCCCAACAGGAGAUUUCCUGGUGGCUCCCAAUUAAAACAUCUGAACAAGAAAAUAAACUUAUAGAGUGGGCCUUUUAAGGUGUUAUUUUCCCAGAACCUUUUAGAAGGCCACACUGCCCAUAACCAGGAGAGCAGCAACGAUUGGUAUCUAUGCACGUUUUUUCUCAGUAGCUACCAAUUAUGCCCUCCUAGUUAUAACUGAUUUCUUAAACCGGGGAACUUGCACAUGUGUUCAAGCAAUAUUAGUUAAUGGUAUAAUUCAACUUAAACAUGUAAUAUAGAAUAGAAAUUGGGAUUAUGGUGUGUGGGCAUGUAAGUAGUCUAAAUAUGUCAUAACUAGUAACUAGUUCAGAUUACAUUUCCAAAGGAAAUACAUAUAAUUAUGCAAAAGCUAUUAUUAAUUAAGACAGUACAUAUAGUAUAAGUAAUUGUGAUUAAUUCACAUAAUGUAUAACACUAAUGGUAGUUUAUAUUAUAGUAUAACAUUGCACUUUCGAUAUGAAUAGACAAUGAUAAUCAAUUGUCAAAAAUGUUGGAUGCAAACAUCAUACAAGCUGUUUUGGGUUAAGCAGAUUUCAAGAUUUAUUCGCAAUGCUUGUUCCAUGGCAACAUGUCACAAAUUUGGAACAAUGUGUGUAUACCUAUGGUUUAUACAUAUUCCCACAUGACAAGUUUCUAACUGGAUUUGAAGAAUUCAAAAAUCUGAGCAAUAACAUUGAAUUGUUCUGAUAAAGGUUUGGUACAUUUGGUUAAUCUAUAUAUCAAUAAUAUGCUUUAGCAUAGCUUCUUAUAUACUAUGUAGUAAUCUGUGUGUAUAUUGUACAAUAAUGUAUAUAAUAAUUAUGUAUGUGAUAACAUGUAAAGAACACUAUAGAUUGUAUUUGGCUGCAGGCUUCAGUUUCCAAAAAUAUCAAAAAUUUUUGUAACGACGUAAUGGGGAUAUACUGGUUAUAAACUCAUGUAAAAUGGUCGGUGUGUAAUUUUUUAAAAUUAAAUGGCCAUUGUUAAAGAGUGAAUAUGCCAAUUAUUUUGUUGUUUUUCAUAAUUUAGCUGAUAGCAUGGCAGUAUUUUUGGCUUUGCAAAGAAAUCAUUGACUUAUACCAAACACCACGGCGAAAAGCAUUUAAAGCAUAAUCUCAACGUCGUAGGAUGAUGACAUCAUCACUCCAGUAUAUAAGGAGUCCACAGCGCUCUCCUCUUGACGAGUAACAUAGAUAGUUCGUCAUGACAGGUGAUCCACCUGUUUGCGCGGUUUAUAUAGACGAUUUGCGCGGUUUAUAUAGACGAUUUGCGCGGUUUAUAUAGACGAUUUGCGCGGUUUAUAUAGACGAUUACGCGGUUUAUAUAGACGAUUGUGUGGUUUAUAUAGACGAUUGCGCGGUUUAUAUAGACAAGUCUCUGUCACUUUGCCCGAGUUUGUUCAUCAGACCAUGGUAAUGGUAAUCAUAUACCAUAAUAGACGCUAAAGUGAACAAACCUUACACGGCCUUGUCUCGUACGUAUUCCUCCGCCAUUUUCUUAACACUUUCAACCGUACUUUCGUCUCCAUGUUUCUUUUCAAAUUCAAGAUAUUUUUUAAAAAUAAAUUUCAUCUUCUUUGAGGAUAACUUGCACGCCAGAGCUUUGUCAAAAAGACGUCU